AUGGCAGCCGAUGCCUUCCAAGGCUUUUGGCAAUGGAAAAUCUGGUUUCCAUGCAGAUUUUUCACAAUUAACGCUGCUUCUAUCACACUGAUAGCAAUUGCAAUUAAGCUACCAGUGGACCUAGACACCGACAUGUCUGACGCAGUUUAUAUGAUCGCAAAGUCUGCAAGCAUGAUUUUCUUGGAGACCAUGGUAGCCAACUUUCUCCCAUCUUUAGGGCUUAUUGAUGACAAGGAACUUCUAAUGAACAUGCUAGCCUUUGGGAUACUCAUAAUCACCAGUAGUGUAAAUGUUUGGAUCCAAUUUAGUACUAUCGGGCCUUUCACAACCCCAAUACAAUUGGUAAUAUUGAUACUUCCGCUUCCAUGGCCAUUUUCAGUAGCUAUGAUAGUUCCAGCAUCUAGAAGAAGUUUACAACACCACUAUGAGAAGUUGCAUGGAUUGGCUUCAGAUCCUCAAGAGAUAAACUUCUCUAGCAAGAGACUCAUUCGGUAUGUUAAAGAGUAUUGGAUGAUGGCAGAGAUUGGUAACCCCCAAUUUGUAAUUGCAUGUUCACCGGUCUGUUCUGCUUUUGGGGUCAUAUGCAUACUUCUUGCUUGUGUUUCAUGUUUUAUUUUGGUGACCCUGUUUAAUGAUUUAUCCAACUUCCAAUAUGGAAAUUCAGAUUAUAAGUGGUCAAUCAACGUGAUUGUUACCUUGCAAUUAAUUGGGGCAAUAAUUGGUAGUAUAGCACCAAUUUUUAGAUGUUUGACUGCCAUCAGUCAUUUCAACCUCUCAAUAAAAUGGACCAAGAACCAUAUAAAUGUGUUCAGAGUGGAGAAACAAUGGAUCGAAAGGCUUCAGCUGUGGAAACAUAGCCAUGUUAAUUCACAUAUUGUAGGCCGCCAUUGCACAAAGGUUUUCCGCCAUUGCACAAAGUAUUUCUGUAAGUCAUUAUUGAAGAGAUUUAAAGAAGAGCCAAAUGUAUCUAAUGGCAAUGUCAUACUAGAUGUGGAAGAAAAUAGUGCUUAUGUCAUACAAAUUGAAGCCGACACAAAGCUUUCAAAGAGAAUAUUAAGAAGAACACUCAACUCCAUAAUUCAACUUCUUCAUGAGGCUGAAGAGAAAGAGCCAAGAAAUCUUACGAAGCUUCUCAAGAAAUCUACAGGAUUCUACGGAGUGGUAGAGUUCGACAAUGACCAAGUCCCACGUUUACAUCAAGAAGAAAUGCAGAACUGCUGGAGCUUAGUAACAGUAACAUUAACAGCCAUUGCCCUUGCACUUCCUAAAAUUGCAAAGUGCCAUGUCAAGGGGUUACUUGCUGGUAUGAGGGAAGGUCUCGAGUUUGUAACACAUAUUGAAGAAAGCCUCAAUGAAAAUGGUGGCUGCGUAAAAGCAGCAAGACGUGUGUGGACAGACGUUGAAGUAUACUGCAGGUGGCUACAAAUUGAUAUUCAAAAGAAGGCCCGUAAAGGAUAA